GUUUGACAAAACAAAACAAAACCUAUAUUUUCUUCUCCUAAUACUGAAUUUUUGGUAAUUACGUUGGAUAUGAUAAGAUUGCAUGGUUUCUUUUAUCAAUAAAUUGCCAUUGGCACAAUGUUACAAUGGAUGGGAGGAUCUAGGCGGAAAGUGACCACUGCAGUCAAGAAAGUCAAUUCAAAAUAGGCAAAAACAGUACUUUGAGCAACGGAAACGAUUACGACAAGCACCAGACCUGGAGAAGAGUCUUGAUGGAAGAAACAUGCAUGCCGAUGACUAUCAAGAGCCUAGAUCAUUAGAUAUCCUGAAUUUGAUGAAUCUGUCAUCCAUUUCCACCCCUGCUUGCAAUUAUCAUCCAAUCAAUGGCAAUUUUACUCCCUUUUCUUUGUUUUUGAUAAUUUACUCAGCAGCAUUUUUGUGUUGUUUCAAUUGUUUCCCAUUGUGCACCCUGGUGUAUGCUUAUUAUGUAAUGUGGAUCAUUGAGGCCUAGAAUGAUGAACAUUGUCUUUUGAUAGAAAUAUAGUUUUGAUUUUGAGGGAUGUUCUGAUUCCCGUUCUAUGUUUGCCUGCAAAAUUUUUGUUGGUUUUCAUUGUAACGUGGCAAUGCUAUCCUUUAGUUUUCAUUCUGUACUACCUACCAUGUCCUUACUCCUUCUAUUGUCAAGAGCAGGAAGUCUACAGGUUAAUUUAGCCAGAUCACAUGAUAUUGCCAAAUGCUCACGUACUAGACAUGCUGAAGAACUACUCUGUACACGAAAUUUGAGAAAUCCAGAUGAAGAAAGGAUUGAGUCAUUGAACCAUAAACUGGAUACAACAUCCUUUGCCAUGGUGCAUGAGAUCAUCCCUCCUGAAACAAAUCCAAAAUCACAUGAACAUUCUACUUCUCAAAAGGAUCUUGAGCUGAAAGAACAGAGAUCAUUUAAUGAAAAUAAUUUCUCGGUUCUGGAUUUGCUUUGUGAUGGUGGAAGUGAUAGCAGUUUGGAAAAGGGAUCACCUGAUGAAACUCAUGUCACUUUUUCUGUAAAAGGUUUUGGUAAAAUUGGCACUGAAACGCCUGCUCAUGCAGUUGGAGGAAAACCAAGGAUAUUCUCGAAUGAAUGCUUGACUCCACCAAAGGCCGCACAACUACCUUUCCAUUUAAAGAGCCUUGAUAACAUCCUUGAAGACCUUGAUUUCGAAAUGAAUGAAGUAAUGCGUGAUUUUGGUGCAUGUGGUGGUAAACCAUUGAAGGCGAGUUAUAAGUUUCAAGAUCCAAAUGUUUAUGCUGGCAGUUCAGAGAGCAAGAAGUUUGCUUCCAAGAGCCUAGGGUCACUGGGCCGGUCAAGUAAUAUGACUGACAUUUUCAGUAGUGAGGAAGACUUUGAGGACACAUUGAUACAGAGAAGUAUACCAUGUCCAGAAGCUGGAUUAGGGAAAGGGUAUUUUGCAGCCACUGAAAGUUGGGACUCCAAGAGUGUUGUGUGUCAACCUUAUUGGUGGAAUUUGCCAGGAGAAGAUGCAAGGGACAGUUCUAGUUUGUUGAGUGAAGAGUCAUGUUCCUCUUCCGCAGUGAGGCAUAAAUUGGAAAAUGACUCGGUGUCAAGCAUGUUAAAGUUGACACCUAGUUCAAGAACUUCUAUCAGUGAUCCAUGGGAGAACUCAAGAAAUUUCAAGUUACAGAAUGAUCAUGUUAGUUUGAACAAAAAUCAUGGCCAGAGAUAUAUCAAACAGCUAAGCAGCUGGAAGAAAUUUCCAAACUUAUCUAAGUUUAAAAGAAGCUCCGGCUUUGAAGAUCUAUCAGCACCUGCAAUGAAUACAAAAUCAAAAUGUGGUAAUUUUCUGGAUGAAACAUGUGAUUCAGAUGAUGUGGGUUUAUCCAUGAAAGCGUCUGGCAAAUCAUCUAAAGAGAGAUAUGGGGUAUUUCCAGAUUUCGAGUUCCUAUCCGAGAGUGAAUGCUUAGAUAAGUUUGAUACCUUUCCUGUAUCAGACUUUGUAGUUUCCAAACCAUCUUUGGAGAUACCCAAAUUCAAUCAUUCUACAAAUUUGAAUAUGGAAACUGAGCAGGAAGAUUUGGAGCCUUUUGGUCUCUAUAAUUCUGAUAUUUCACUCCAUAUUCAAAGUCACUCAUGCAACAAAACUCCUGUGGCACCUUACUUUGGGGUUUAUUCAAAGGCUGAAGAAGCUCUCAAUUUAUUUGGGCUGGACAAGAGUGACAGGAAAACAAGCAGAGAUAUACCAGAUCUACAGAGUAUGGAUUGUUUGGAGAAAUCAAAGCAGCCAGAGGAAGAUGUUACUGUUGAGGAUACUGACUUGCCGAGGGAAAAUCAAGAAACUAUCCAUGCAACAGAUUUCAAGAGCAGCUGCAGUGAGUGUGAAGAAACAGGAAAUAAAGUACCUGAUCCAUCAAUGAGUUCAAAAGCAACUAAUUCUCCUGAAUCCAAAGUAGAGGCUCCUGUGACUAGUGGAGAUGUUCAUCUGAAGCCUGCUACCUGUAAGAAACUGAAUUUCUUGGAAGAUUAUGUUGCAGUUGAAUCUCAAAGGACCGUUCAAGGCAUGCAGAGAGAAAUAUCCUUAGCAAGGAGAGAGAAUUCAGUCAGGGAUCAUAAUGAAGCUGAAGCAUCUUACCAUAUGAUUCUGGAAAGCUAUGUUGUUCAGCUUCUGUGCAUGCAGAAAGUAAUACGUGAAGGACCAGAACAGGAUUCCAAGAUGAAGAGCAUCAUUCCCUUAAAUUGCAAAAAGGUGACUCCUAUUUGUCGAUGAUAACUCUAGAUCACCUUCUGAUCACUGAUAUAUUUUGGACCGGCGUAAAUAUUUAGGAAGAUCUACAAAGUCACAAAGAAGUCCCCCAGCUGUUGGAAGGUUGGUGAUAUAAUGGGAAAAGUUCCAUGGUGUAUCACAAACUGAACUUCUAGGUACAGUCAUUCCAGUAGUACUAUGGUGGAUGGCACUUCAAUCAUCUGUUUGUUGUUUCAUUCUUUUGUUGUCUGAGUAAAUAUAUAGUAGGCAUUGAAAUUUUCAUUCUUUUUUGUUUAAAUGCUUAUCUAUAAGUUACAUACAAGUUAAUGUGCAUUUGGGAAGUCAUAAUUAGAGCUGAGAUAAGAUCUAA